UUUUAAUAUUAGAAAAGUAGCCCAACGCAAAGGUCUUUAAACGCGGCCCGUUUUCAGCCUUGAAACUCAAAAAGUGGGAGUUUCUUUAGGCUUCCAACCUAUUCUUUCUGUUCCUUCGCAGAAAGAAAACCUUGAAGCUCCUUCGGCGGGCUUUGAACUCUUUUCUGUCAAAGUGCUUGGGACAUGGGUGGUCUGCCAAUGGGGAGUACAACAUCUACUUUAGCUUUGCCAGGGUCGCAGCAAAACCAUGACACACCUAUCAGUAAACCUGAAACAGAUACAAAGCAAGGGUCGCAGCAAAACCAUGACACACCUAUCAGUGCACCAGGAAGAGAUACAAAGCCAAAGAAGAAAAUCUGCUGUGCUUGUCCUGAAACUAAGAAGCUGAGAGAUGAAUGCAUUGUUGAGCACGGUGAAGAUGCUUGUGCUAAAUGGAUUGAGGCUCAUCGCAAGUGCCUUCGUGCAGAAGGAUUCAAUGUUUGAUUGUUUGAGUGAUCGUUGAGUUACAGAAUAAAAAAUUUAACAAUUUAAGUAUACAAAAACUCUUUUUUGGAUAAACAUACAUCUCAAAAUUGAAAAAUAAUGCAAGGACAGGUGCUCUGGGCUGUUAGAUACAGUUCGGUCAAUUGCUGUACUUUUAUAUUCUGGCGGUAUUACCUUCUAAUUAUAAAGAAGUGGGUGUUGUAAGCAUACACGUUGACAAGAUUGAUUAUCUCAUUAUAUGAUUUAUUGAAUCUAUAAACCAUGUUAUCAUUUUCA